GAGUGCUUAUCGGGCGGCGUUCAGUGGUUACGUGUCCGCAAACCUGACAGCACAGAAAUGGCCGAGUACCGCGCGAACAAAUCUGGCAUCAACGCCGACGCCCAGGCGCGCAUCAAUAGCAAGUACAACGACGACAUCGGCCAGGAGAUCCUGGAGUGGGUCAAGGAGCUGACCGGCGAGCCAUCCAAUACCUCUGGCGACGCAGAAAACGUCUACGCGGUGCUCAAGGAUGGCACCCUCCUCUGCAAACUCGUCAACGCCAUCGAAGAGGGAUCGGUGAAGAAAAUCAACCAGUCCACCAUGGCGUUCAAAUGCAUGGAGAACAUCAACGCGUUCCUAGAAGCGGCUAAGAAAUUGGGCGUGCCUCCGCAGGAAACUUUCCAGACGAUCGACCUGUGGGAGAAGCAGAACCUUUAUUCUGUGCUCAUCUGUCUGCAGUCGCUCGGUAGAAAGGCUGGUAACUACGGCAAGCCCUCCAUCGGGCCCAAGGAAGCCGAAAAGAACGUGCGCAACUUCUCCGAGGAACAGUUGAAGUCGGGCCAAAACGUAAUUUCCCUGCAGUACGGCACCAACAAAGGUCAACAAAGUGGCAUUUCGUUUGGGAACAGGCGUCAAAUGUGAUAAUUUGGGGAAUAUUUUUUAUUUUGUAUUAUUUAUAAUUAUUUUAUUACGUAAUAAAUGUUUUUCAGUUUUGUA